AUGUUGACAACUACUGGGAUAACUUACAUUGCUGACCAACAACGAAAAUUUACAAUUCCACAAGAGAAUGUCACUUUUCAAACGCUUACUGGUCUCUUGUCGAUCGAAGAAGAAAAGUAUCGACGAUGUCCCAAUCUCGACAUGGUUAUUGGUCAGCUGGACUUUGAUUUUUACUAUGAACUUCUUCCUACUAUCGCGCGAUGGGCUUCAGAUCACACACAUCUAUCGAAUCCAAUCAUGCCUCUUCAUGCAGGUACAACGGCUCGUGUCACUUAUGCAGCUGCUCAAGUACGUUAUAUUCUUGCCAACGCCUUUUUUCUUAACACAACAAAAGGAUAUGGCAGUAUCGAUUUGACCAUUUUGUACAAUUCGCUCUUUGACAACAUGGCCAUGGAACGAAUACGAUGUUUAAUCGAAUAUUUUCGUCGCUCAUCACAGGAAAACGGCAAUGAUGAUUAUCGAGAAAUAUCAAUCGAACGGUACUCGUAUGCUGGUGAACAGCCAGAUUGGGAAAAGCAAAUGAUUGCAAUCAAGGCAUCCAAAGUAAACGUUUUUACCAAAAGAAUGGAAGAUGCUAAAGAAGCACAAGGCUUUGUUGACUUUGCCAACAGACAAAUUCACAUCCAUUUGAUCUUCCCAUCGGCCACUCAAGAAGAAAUUCUAUGUGAAUAA